CAGCUGCUGGUGAUCCUAGAAGACAGUGGGCCGGCCGUGGCAGUCUCAGGUGGAGCUGCUGCUCAGACUUUCCAGCAGUCACAGUGGGACUGACACAGACGGUCAUGAAGAUAACCUGACGUCUGUUUAGUGCCAAACGCCUUGUUUUUGUGGGGAGGAUUUUGACUGGAGGUCUCUAUGUGAAGCACUGGGAGUCAUGGCAGACUUGUGGUUGAUUUCUGUCCCUCUGGACAGCACCAGCUUAACCAGUGUAGCAAAACUCAAGCGCAUCAUUGCCAAAACCAACCUGGCCUCCUGCUGCAAGUUCUCCAUUCCAGAUCUCAAGGUGGGAAUACUGGACAGUCUGCUCAGCGUGUCAGAUGAUCUCUCCAAGCUCGACACACUAACUGAAAGUGUGAUUAAAAAAACACAUCAGUGUAUGAGGGAGGUGAUGGAGCCGUCCAGUGACAAAGUGCCGGAAAACGCCUUAGCCAGUGGAGUGGACCUGAUGAGCUACAUAACCAAGUUUCAGUGGGAUAAAGCCAAGUAUCCCACAGCUCUGCCUCUCUCCAGCCUGGCAGACAUCAUCAGCAAGGAAGUUUCCCAGAUGGAUAUGGAGUUAACGUCCCGAGCUGCGGCGUACAACAGUGUGAAAAUGAGCUUGCAAAGCCUCGAGCACAAAGUCGAUGGGACUCGCAGUCUGCAAACUCGCAAUCUGAAUGACAUAGUGAGGAAGGAAGACCUGGUGGUCUCAGAGUACCUCACCACUCUGCUGGUCGUAGUGAACAGAGGGAGCUACUUGGAGUGGGAAAGGACCUAUGAAUCUUUGUCAGAGUUUGUUGUUCCACGGUCCAGCAGGAAGCUGUUCGAGGAUGGAGAGGGAGGCGUAUUCUCAGUUACACUUUUCAAAAGGGCUGUGUGUGAAUUCAAAGCCAAAGCCAAGGAGAGCAAGUUCACCGUGCGCGAGUACAGCUUUGAUCUGGAGUUGAAGAAGCAGCAGGAGGUGAAGCAGCAGAAUGUUUGUAAGAAGGAACAAUAUGGAAUCUUUGUGCGUUGGCUGAAGGUGAAUUUCAGUGGGGUGUUUGUUGCCUGGAUUCAUCUGAAAGCAUUGAGGGUGUUUGUGGAAUCAGUCCUCAGGUAUGGAUUACCGGUGAACUAUCAGGCUCUCGUGUUGCACACGGACAAGAAGCGUUCAAAGAAACUGAGAGGAGAACUCACCUCGCUGUUCAAACAUCUGGACCCCACUGCCACCACCAGCAAGACAGAUCAGGUCAGCUGUGAGAUCCCAGGACUCUGUCAGCAGGAGUACUUCUCCUACGUCUGCUUCCACGUCAACACCAGCGUGCUGGAGGCCAGCUAGCAGUCGACAAAGAGAGGACCCACACAGUGACCAAGCAAUGAGGGCCCUGUGGAUCAGUCAGAGCCAGGAACAUAAAGACCCUCAACUCUAAAAUAAAACACAUCUAGUGAAGACUACAUUUAUGAAUAUUUUAGUUUUCAGCAUUUCUCAUGAGCCAGAAAUAUCUGUCAAGCUUCCCUUGGACAGCAGUGUAAACUAUGUUGUCAGGUGAACAGUGGCUGGAUCAGGUCCUCUUCACCGCAAUGCAAGCUGCACAUGGACUACACUUUGGGAUGUGCUGCACAUGAAACCAUGGAACCAUUUACAUGUGUUUAUUCAAUAUGUAAAAAAUGUUUUCUCUUGCAAGAAUGUGCACUGUUAUUGUUAAUGUCAGUGUACAGCCUUAAGCAUUUCAAGUAAGCACGUCUUCCUAGAAACCUGUAAGCUAGUGUCUUUCUUCAGGCACAGUUGUACAUAACUCUACACAACUGACCAUUGAAUUUGCUGUCCAUUCCAGUGGACAUAACUUUUCUAGGAUGUCUAAAUCUAUGAUCAUCUGUCAUCUGACUUCAGCCAAAUGCACAGACUUAAUUGACUGGAUGUCUAUCAGCUUAUCACAGUGUUCCACAUCAUCUAAAGUGGACUGGGGUAAAGCCACGCCCCCUUUUUUAACAAGCAUGGCUGACUGUGAGGCAAGAAGGAGGUGCAAGGCAUGUUUCAGUCCAUAAUCAUAUUGUUUAAGUACAUUAUUUGUGUUCAAACUGCCUUUAAAGUAAACACAAGAUGUUAUAUUACAUAUAUAUGUCAAAAUUGAAAAUUGAAAAAGGGAAAUACUGUUCUGAUAUGAUUUUCUAAUGACACAAUCAUCUUAUAAUGCACUGUGUUGAUUAUGUACACAAAACAUCAUUCUCAGGAGGUUUUCAACACACUGUUUUCUGGAGAUACUUAAGAAUCUGAGGAUAUACUGAGUACUGAUGACAGACACAAUACAAUACGUAUAUGUAAUGUGUUUUAAAGCAUCACUUUAGUUAUUGAUAUGAGUAUACCAUUCAUGAAAAUAAAUUAAUUCUUAAAAAAAAGUGACCAUAAGACCAUCAUAAAAUUUACUUUUUUUCUUCUUCUUUUUUUGCCACUGAUGUAUGAGUGCAUUUAGAGUAAAAAUUCACAUUAUUUUCUUUUGUGUUUGGAGCACAGGUGAGUUCUGAACGGGUCAGGCAAAAAUUCACAAGUAUUAUCAGCUAAAUGUACAUAAAGUCUCAAACUAAUAAUUGAUCACAGACUCACCUUUCAAUCAAAUAGUGAAACCAUCUUUUCCAAAUGUCAGCAGCGUCUCUUCUUCUUGAGAAAGCUUCGCAGACUCCAGGUUCAUCAGUCAGUCCUGACAGCUUUUUACAAAUGCUUCACUGAAUCUGUAAUCACCUUCAACAUAUCAGCCUGGUUCGGUUCACUAUCUAACAUCCAUCGCAACCCACUAAACAAAAUCAUAACAAUGAGUAGUAAAAUAAUCGGACUGGAGCAGGAAUCACUCAUCAACAUUUACAACAGAAGGGUUAAACUAAAAGGUACACACAUAGCCUCAGAUAUCACUCACACACUGCACAGCCACUACAGUCUGCUACCUUCAGGCCAGAGAUACAGAUCACUUGCAUUCAGGACUAAGAGAGCCAUGUCAAGCUUUGUACCCACAUCCAUCCGGCUCAUGAAUGCCUGACCUAUGUGUGUAUAUGUGUAUGUAUGUGUACAUGUAAUUUGUAUGUAUAUAUAUGUACAUGGCUCAUGAAUGCCUGAUUUAUGUAUGUACAUGGUUGUUUACACCACUCCUUUAACUUGACCAUGGAUUGCUUUUAUUUAUUUAUUUACUAUCCAUAUUUUUAACAAUUGUUUUUAUCAUUACCUAAUCAUCAUGUAUUCAUUGUGCUGGCAAGCUUUCUUCUCUCCAAUUUUUGACUGUUAAUUGAUGGUUGAUUGUUGGUAUUUGCUGAAUGCAUGCGGUAUAUUAUGUUGCGUUGCUGGUUAUGUGAACUGUACACGCACUGAUGCUUUGCACAAAUGAAGUUCCUAACGGAUAAAUAAAGUUCUUUGAAUUGAAUUGAAUUGAAACUACAUGUGCUUCAUCUGCAGAAAUACCGCUGUCUGACAUGUUAUUAUGGAUUGCAUUAAUAAACUGUUAAUGCUGCUGUGUGUAAGUGGCAUUUUACU